AUGUCGUUCAGAAAGAGAAGUGACAUCAUCGGAGGCGGUUCAUCUGCUGUUCCAGGCAGAGCCCCUCUGGGAAUUGGACGAGCCCCCGUCGGUUCUGGAGCAAUACCAGGCAGAACGCCUGCGCAUCCUAGACUUUCAAUUAAUUCUAGAAUACCAGUUGAAGUUGAAGAAAUUUCUGCUUUGAAGAAUCCUUCUGUUAGACCAUCCUUAAUCUCAUCUCAGCCGACAGUAUCUACUGGUACCGGUGAUUUGGACAAACUACUUCUUCACCAAGGAUUGCCAUUAGGACAUUCUUUGCUCGUUGAAGAGUCUGGAACGACUGAUUUCGCAUCCGUAAUAUUACGAGCUUUUGUCUCUCAAGGAAUUAUGCACAACCGGAUUAAUAAAGACCAGAUUAACUCUCAUGUGAUAGCUGUAGGGAUUUCCACCCAAUGGACUGCAAACUUACCUGGUUUGUACAAGGGCUCCUCUAAAGAUCAAAAGAAAGCUAAGAUCCUUGCCAAUGAGUCUAAAGUCAGUGUUUCCAACUUGGCAACGUCCACUGCUGGUGUGACUUCUAGAGUUGACAAUGACUUGAAAAUCGCAUGGAGAUAUGGAGUGAAUAGCAAGCAGAAAUCGGCAUCUCCAGAACCUUUUGAAAACAGUGCAUAUGAAUACUACAUCAACCAAUUCGAUAUCACCCAGAAACUUGCCCCUGGUCCAAAUGCCCAAGAUAUUUCGUUUGUUCCUGUAGGUCUUAGUCAUAUUCAAUUAAUCCAACAGAUCCAGAGCAUCAUCCAACGUCAUGUCAAGUUAAAUCCAGCUAUUGUGAUAAGAAUCGCUAUCCCUGGACUUCUUAAUCCUACAGGCUACAAUCCAUUGAGCUCUUCGCCUACAUUUUUAUAUCCGUUUGUUCACUCCUUGCGAGCCAUACUUAGGCAAUAUAGCCAGAAUGUGGUUCUUGUUGCAUCGCUAUCUUCAGAUCUCUAUCCUCGAGAUUCGAACGUAGCCCAUGUACUUGAAUCGUUGGCCGAUUCGUGCAUUCACCUUCAGCCAUUCAACCAAGAGAUGACCCAGUUGAUCGAAAGAGCCUACAAGAAUGAACCAUCCAAGAUCCAGCAGGGUCUUGUCAAUAUCGUCAAGUUGCCUGUUCUCUCGGAGAAAGGAAUGAUGAUGAUUCAUGAAGGAGAAUACGCAUUCAAGAAUGGAAGAAAGAAAUUCGAAAUAGAAGAGUGGGGCAUUCCAGUUGAGGACUCUGAAAAAGAGGAACAUACUACUGCCGAAGGUGGCACUACUAAAAAGAACCUCGACUUCUGA